AGUCGAAAAAUGGCAGAGCCCCUCCAUUUAGGGGUCAACGAUGUUCCAAGUAUUAAGGGAAUUCUUGGGUUUGGGUUUCAGCAAGCAAUGUUGUGCAUGUCGGGUCUCCUUGUAUAUCCAUUUCUUAUUUCCAAUUGUGCGUGUGCUGGUGCGGCAGCUGUUCAACUACGGGUUCAAUUAAUAUCAGCUACAUUUGUUUCGUGUGGAAUUGCAACGAUUUUUCAGACGACUUUUGGAUUACGAUUAUCAGUACUUCAUGGUCCAGCAAUGGCAUUUCUUCCACCACUAUUCGCCUAUAAAACUCAAAAUCUAUGUCCGUACACUGAGCAUGAUGAGGUUCCUCCUGAAUUUUGGAUGGAGAGAAUGAGAGAGAUACAAGGAAGCCUCCUCCUAGCCUGUUUCGUGUUUAUUCUUGUUGGAAUGACUGGAAUUGCUGGACAUCUUUCCAAGUUAAUAGGACCUAUCACAAUAGUCCCUUUAAUGCUUCUUCUGACCACAUCAAUCGUUCCAACAAUUGAAGAAAAACUGUCACUUCACUGGAUAUCAAUGGUUAUGCUUCUAGUCGUAGUCAUGAUGGCUGUAUACUUGGAGAAUACAAGAGUUCCCUUCUACUAUUACAAUACUGAAAAGAAGCAGAUUGUAUCUACAAAAGUGAGAUUGUUCGGACAAUUUCCGUACCUCCUAAGUAUGCUUUUUGUCUGGUUUAUCUGCUUCAUAAUGACCAUAACCGACCUGGAGCCAUAUAAUGGAGCAGCGCGGACGGAUAACAAUGUAACCAUGAUGGUACUGAGGGAAUCCCCAUGGUUUCAAGUUCCAUUGCCAUUUCCAUUUGGAAUUCCAAAAAUUAGUGCUGGAAUAUUCUUCGGUUAUAUUGCAUCCGUCCUUGCCUCGAUUAUUGAGAAUAUUGGAAGUUAUGAUCUUUUGGCAAGAACAAGUCAACAGAAACCACCACCAAAAGAUGCAAUCAACAGAGCAAUUGCUAUGGAAGGUGUCGGAAGUCUAAUCGCAGCAGUAACCGGUGUAAGUAGCGGAGUAACCACUUACGCAGAGAAUAUAGCUCUCAUUCAUAUUACAAAAGUCGCGAGUCGAGCUACAAUGCAGUUUGCUGGCUUUAUCCUUAUCAUGUUAGGUCUUUUCUCGAAAUUUGCCGCAAUUUUGGCGUCGAUUCCUGAUGCUCUGGUUGGUGGAUUAUUGACAAUGGGUAUAUCAAUGAUUGGUGGAGUUGCUAUGAGCAAUUUGCAAAUGAUCGAUCUCAACCUGUGCAGAAACCUUUCAAUAAUGGGACUUUCUCUACUUCUUGGAUUAAUAGUUCCACUUCAUUUUGAGAAACAUCCAGUUAACACUGGCCACUUUGAAAUUGAUCAUAUUUUGAAUAUGCUUUUAAAUAUUAAAAUGCUCGUCGGAGGAGUUGUUGCUACUUUCUUGGAUAACACUGUUCCAGGAGCAACUCGUGCUCAACGAGGCUUCCGGGAACACCAUCGAGUACCUUCUGAAUCUGAUGUUUCAACUUCUAAUUCAUCUGAAACAUCUGGUGCUUCUUUUGAAGUUCUUCCUUCAUCUGAUGCCUAUACAUUCCCAGAAGUCUUUCAACGGCUUCUAAGAGCUUUUCCAGUUCUCCAAUUAUUACCAAUUUUGCCAAAGCUUUCAAAAUCUCAGUUUAAAACCAAUCGGGUGUAACAUUGUACUGUUUGACAGUUUUUCCGUUGUAAAUAAAUAAGAAUUGUUUUGA